AUCCUGCUAGAAGCCCACAAACAUUAACUAGCAGAUAUAAACCCCCGGAAACCAAACGCCUAGCCGAGCUAGUUAGCUUGUUAACCUGUCAGCUUAAGUAAACAUUUAGUUAUUACAAGAACUAAAGUCAAAUAAGCUGCAAACACCAGUCUGCUCAUGUUAAUUCACAUUUCGUUCAACAAAGACAGUAUUUAAAGGAAGACAUAGUUACCCGUAAUGUUAGCUAGAUUUAACUCGGCUAGCGUUAGCCGGGUUAGCUGCUGGUUAGUUCAGUUCUCUGAGAGUCGCAGAACAACAAGAAGUCUCUUUUGUUCCACUUGACAUUCUGCUCUGCGGUUAGUUAUUACAUCCUGUUUCCUUCACUUGUCAAUCCUUCAGUUCUUCUCUGGUAGUCCUCUUCCAGCGCAACAGCUCAAACAAGAACCUUCGAGCUCGACCUCCAUCCAGCCAUUAUCCGGGUGUAGGGAGACUGUCUGGGGCCAACACGGCGUCUGUUCACGACACUCACCGAGCAGGCAGCUCACCCGGCCCGCACAGAGCCCGGCUUAGCAACACAAAAGUUACCCAGUAGCGUCACCCAGAGGCACAUAUGUGGAAAUCACAUGGAGGUGCUCUUGUGCUCACAUGACAGACUGCACCAUGGCAGGAGAGAUCAAUGAAGAUUGCUGAGCAUGUAGACUCCACGGACGGAUUCCUAAGCAAGUUGUCUUUCUACAAAGCGCUUGCUUUGAUCGCUUUUGCUCAGAAAGGAAAACAACCAAGUCCCAAACUCUUGGAGAACUGCAUACAAGAGUUCCCAAAACCUCAGCUUGGGGAGCCGAGGGAUUUGAGUGCAUUAAGGAUGCAGCCGGCUCAGGAGGAUGUGCUGACGCUGUCCCAGACACUGGACAAACUGCUGGCCCGAGACACGGUCCAGGUGGAGCUCAUACCUGAGAAGAAGGGCCUGUUCCUCAAACAUGUGGAGUACCAAGUCACCAGCCAGCGAUACAAGAUAUCAGUGUACAGACGCUACAGCGACUUUGAUGUCUUCCACGAGGUUUUGCUCCAGAGAUUUGCCUACAGAGUGGUGCCAGCACUGCCACCUAAAAGAAUGUUAAAAGGAGUCUUGACCUCAGUCUCUGAGCGGGAGUUCAUUGAGGGACGGCGACGAGCUCUCGGCAGAUUCAUUAACUUGGUCUCGCGGCAUCCUUUCUUCUCAGAGGACGAGCUGGUGAAGACCUUCCUCACCUUCAGCGGCUCCGAUGUUCAGACUAAGCUGCGUGACACUUACAAGAAAACAGGCGAUGAGUUCAUGACCAACAGAAUCGCAACCCUGGCAAAGGAAUAUCUCCCUGCUGACAUACAAGCCCAGUUCUCAACAAGCAGAGAGCUGAUCAGAAACAUCCACAACAGCUUCAACAAACUGCGUGACAGAGCUGAGAAAAUGGCAGAGCGCUCGAAGGAGAACGCCACUGAUCUUCUCAUGUUUGGCAGAGAGCUCAGUUCACUGGGCUCAGACUCUUCAUCUCUUCCCUCCUUGGCCUCCUCUCAAAGCACCUGGGGGGCCCUGCGUCAGUCUCUGAAGAGUCUGUCUGUGGAGUUUGCUGUGCUCUCUGACAAAGCUGCUCAGCAGGGCAGACGGGAAGAAGAUGAUGUUGUGGAAAAACUGAAUGUUUUCCUGGAUUUACUCCAAUCCUACAGAGAUCUGUGUGAGCGUCACGAGAAGGGCGUGCUGCAUGAGCACCAGAGAGCUCUGCACAAAUACGGCAUGAUGAAGAGGCAGAUGAUGACCGCCACGGUGCAGCCCAAAGAGCAGGCGUCCGUGGAGCAGCUAGAAUCACGAAUAGUUCAGCAAGAAAACGCCAUUCAGACCAUGGAGCUGCGGAACUACUUCUCUCUGUUCUGCCUUCACCAGGAGACGCAGCUUAUCUUCAUCUACCUUCCAAUCACAUCCCACAUUCUGGGCGCUUUUGUAAACUCCCAGGUUCAAGGACACAGAGAGAUGGGAGAGGUUUGGAACGAACUCCAGCCAAAGCUUGGGUGUCUCUUUGGUGGUAAUAAUGGAUUGAAGCCCCCGAUGUAAAGCUGAAGUAUUGGAGGUGAAAGAAGAGAAACACUGCCACAGGAGGAUCACAACUUGGAACGUAACUCGCUACAGAAAAAUGAAGUUCACCAAGUUGUUUUUUACUCGUCAUACAUUCCAUUCAGUAAGAGGAUUUUUUAAAUGAGCCUCAUUUUCAUGAAUUAUUUUUGGAUAUGAUCAUCAACCAUGUGACAUGAUAAGAGAGUGGGCUCAUACAUCUGACAUAACAUGCUCGGCUUAAUGAGGAAACAAUGUCCACUUAACAAUCGAGGAGAAAUCCUUUAAGUGUUAUUUUACAAGGGACCAGCCGACCCUUCAGUCGAGAAGGACGACAGUAUGUUUUGCAUUCCAGCUCAUCUCCUAAGACAUGAGUUUAUAACUUUACCUUUAUGUUCAAUUAGUUUAUUGAGAGAUAUAGAGAGAACUAGAGUUAUACUGUGUUAUGGAUGAGGUUAUUUUGAAUCUCCAGUCCUGAAGGUUUCUGGUUUUCUCACUGAAUAACUUCACAGCAGUGUAUUUUUGAUACAUAUUUUGGUUUUUAAGGAUGUGUAGCAGCAUGCUUUACAUUUUUUUAUGGACAAUUAUUGUAUUUCUCUCACUUUUAUAGUUUGCCUCGGAUGUGGAGCAACAUAUUUGCCUUUUCUGCUUCAGACUUACAGUUCUAUGUUAUAAGCUGUUUUAUAAAAGCCUGUACUCAAAGUGAACAAUACUAAAAAGGGCAGAUAUCUGAGACUUAAAACAACAACCUCUGGCACAAGCUGUUUAAUGUCAACAAAACACUAUAAGCUAUAUGUUUACUGCCAAAGACAAAUGAAAGAAAUUCACCUGAAACACAGCUGCAAAAAUCAUCCAACAGGAUUUCUACACAAUUGAAAUGAAAUAAUCAGUACUUUUAUUUUGAAAUCACUGCGAGAUUGUAGACUUUAAAUAGAUUAGAUGAAAUGAAUAAUUGAUUUGUAGUAGCACACACUAGCUUGGAUCUUUCUGAAUUCUUUUCCAGACACUAUUAGACUUUCUUCUUUCAGAUAUCAAGCAUGAAAACAACUGAACACUUCACACUUAUGUUGUCACGACAUCGCCUCUUGACUAAAAGAACCUCAAAGGGACAGUUUGCCAUUUAAAGGCGCGUGCUUUGAAAGUUGCCUGAAGAACUUGUCACCUACUGAUCUCAUCUCAAACACACCAAACUGACUGUGCUGAAUGAUGCAAGAAUGCUGCAGGCUCUUUUUUAUAUAGAAAGUUCAACAUUUAUUUUAUGAAGAAACUCCAACGCUGCAUCCAGUGAUGACAUUUUGUUAAAAAAAAUAUUGAGUAUGAUGAUGACUUGCACAGAAUAUGAGACCCAAUAAGAGUAUUUCUGUAGAUACUGUAAAUAUUUUA